CACUGCUGUGAAAUGCCGAUAUAUCGUUUAAUCACGACCUGAAAAUCAUAUCGGUAUUUCACGAUGAUGCAACCCCUACGUGCUCCACGAUAGCUUUUGCCGGAGUGCGUAGAAGAUGCCACUGGUUUGGUUCGUGAGUCGCAUCUGCGACGUAACAAGAGAUAGAGUGAGAUGGAAUUACACUUUGCAUUCUCCGGUGCAAGAUCGUGUAUAAAGAGGAUCUGAAAUCCUCGAGGUCCAGGCCAAUUCAAUCAACAUUCGCACUUGAAUCGUUUCAGCACCCACAUUCAUACCCAUUCUCAUACCAUGGCUCCGUUCACGUCUCCGACAGCCAAGUUCCACUCGACCACCUACCCAACCCUGAACCCUGAGAGGCCGGAGCUCUCGGCGAAGGGCAAGUCGGUAUUGAUUACUGGAGGCGGUACGGGGAUCGGUGCGGAGACUGCCAAAUACUUUGCGGCAGCCGGCGCACCUAGAAUCGCUUUGCUUGGUCGACGAGAGCAGCCACUUCUUGAGACCAAAGCCGCAUUGGAGCAGAAGCAUCCCGGGCUUGAAGUGUUCGUGGCCGCUACCGAUGUGACCAAGAAGGACCAGGUUGAUGAAGCUUUCCUAAAAUUUGCCGGCAAGUCUGGACUUGAUGUCGUGGUCAGCGGCGCAGCGAUCAUUGGGCCUCAAGACCCGGUAGCCAAAGCGGACAGCGAGAAGUUCUUGUAUACAGUCCAGCAGAACAUGGCUGGGGCUAUACACACUGCACAGGCAUUCAUACGCCAUGCUUCCAAAGGCGCGGUUGCGAUCGAUAUCAACUCUUCUGCGGCACACCAUAACUUUGGAGACGGCUUCUCGUGCUACAACGUAGCGAAACUUGCAGUCUUCCGACUCUGGGACUCCUUGGCCGUCGGAAACCCUGAAAUUAGCGUCUUCCAUAUCCAGCCUGGUGUUGUAAACACAGACAUGAACAAGGAAGCCGGCGGAGUGGACAUGAUAGGCUACGAGGACCAUGUGUCUCUACCGGCAAGCUUUAACGUCUGGCUUGCGAGUCCUGAGGCACAGUUUUUGAAGGGCAAGUUUUUGUGGGUGAACUGGGAUGUUGAUGAGCUCAAAGCCAGGUCUAAGGAGCUUGAGAACAGCACACUGCUUACGAUGGGCCUCGUGGGCUAUCCGUUCGACGGCAGCAUCAUGAAGCUUGGCUGAGUGUUCAUUCCGGGGCAACAGCAUUAGUAGAAGGCCGUGAAUAAAUCAUCAUGAUUAUAGAACGUCUCCUCGUGGUAUUUUCAGAGCACUAGAUGAAUAUGUAGACUAAAUCUAAGCCUGAAGUAGCUAGCGCUGUUCUCUUGGACCCUUUCCUUGGUUGCCGA